AUGGCUGUCCGUACCCGUAAGCCGACGACACCGUCAUCGCGCUAUACCAGCGUCCGCGACUUCUCCGAGCUGAGCGAUGAAAGGCCCGAGAAGCGGCUCACCGAAGCGCGUGCCUAUCGCGCGGGUCGCUCCAAGGGGCGCAUCAGCGUUCGCCGCAAGGGUGGGCGCCACAAGCGCCAGUACCGCAUGGUGGACUUCAAGCGGGACAACCACGGCGUGCCGGGCAUGGUUCAUGCCAUCCAGUACGAUCCCAACCGCAGCGCGGACUUGGCGUUGGUGGUGUUUGCCGACGGGGACAAGCGCUACCUGCUGGCACCGCGCGGCUUGCGCGUUGGCGCGACGGUGCAGAGCGGUCCCGGCUCGCCGAUCGAAAUCGGCAAUGCUCUGCCAAUCGGCGACCUGCCGCUGGGCAUCGCGAUUCAUAAUGUGGAGCUGACGCCGGGCCGUGGCGGGCAACUGGUGCGUUCGGCCGGCAACGGCGCUGCCCUGAUCGCCCGCGAGGGCGAAUACGCGACGGUGAGAUUGCCUUCCGGAGAGACGCGUCUCAUCCACGUGCGCUGUAUGGCCUCGAUCGGGGAAAUCGGCAACCAGGAUCACAUGAACGUGGCCCUCGGCAAGGCCGGUCGGGCCCGCUGGAAGGGCCGGCGGCCCAAGGUUCGCGGCGUGGCCAUGAACCCGGUUGACCACCCGCAUGGCGGCGGCGAAGGCAAGGCGUCCGGCGGCCGCCAUCCGGUAUCGCCAUGGGGAAAGUUGACAAAGGGGAUGAAGACACGGAACAAGCGCAAGCGAUCGAGCGACUUCAUCGUCGGCAAACGUUGA